AUGGACUAUUCAUAUUUCAAUCCGCCGGCGCAGCAGCAGCAGCAGCAGCCACAUCAACAACAGCAACAACAACCAUCUUCUUAUCAUCAUCUGUUCGGUCUGCCUCCUGCCGGUACCCCUCAUCCCGAGGAGUUUGGCAGUGUGUCGCAACCUUCGAUCGAGCAGGUCGCUUUUGAUUAUAAUAACUAUGGCUCUUUCCCCUCCUCAUUCCCGGGAAUGGGCGUCGCGCCGCCACACUCCCCGCCCGAGUCGUUUACACGGAACUCGAACAAGUCGACUGACAUCAGCGACGAGUUGGUCGGAGUAGGAGGCAGAGGAGUAACUGCUGCUCAGAGCCAGGCGAUGCUAGACAAUUUCGACGAUGGGCUGGCAGACCGCAAGUCUGGUCGUAGUAGUAGCGAGGAGAAGGAGAUUCUGACGCCGGCUCAGAACCGGCGCAAGGCUCAGAACAGAGCUGCUCAGCGGGCAUUCCGCGAACGCAAGGAGCGCCACGUGCGCGAGCUCGAGCAGAAGCUCAAUGACCUCGAACAAACAUCGACAGAUUUGCACGCCGACAACGAACGCCUAAAGCGCGAGCUCGCCCGGAUCGCGACCGAAAACGAGAUCCUGCGGGCGACCGGUUCGAAGCAAAACGGAAAUAACAAUGACAACGGCGAUUCUCAUGAGAUCAACGAUCACCAUCACAAUCGUCAUCACAGUGACAAUCACACCACGACUGGACCCCUCAAGUUCUCGCCCAUUGAUGUCCAGAAAAGCAUUGCCGAUAGCAGCAAGGAUGGCAACCUGCCACAUCGCAUCGUCAUCAGUGACAAAACCGGUGAGCGGCUGCUCAAUGCCCGCGCCACCUGGGAUAUGAUACAGGACCAUUCGCUGUUUAAGCAAGGGCUUGUCGAUAUCGGCGACGUUUGUAAUCGGCUAAAAGGCUUUGAAAAGUGUGAUGGACAGGGCCCCGUCUUUGAAGAAGGAUGUGUGAGGAAAGCAAUUGAGGAGAGCGUUGGUUGUGGGAAUGAUGAGCUUAUUUGA